AUGUCAGACCACGACGAUGGAUCAUCUUCAGAUGAUGACAGCGGCGAUGACUCCUACUCCUCCGUCGGUGGUCACAGUUCGGAACCGGAGGUGAACUCUGAGAAUGAAAGUGCGGAAGCUUACGACGACUUCAAAGACAAUGAUCACGAAACAGAUGGUGAUUAUCCAGAAAAUUCUAUUGAUAGUCAGGAUAAAUGGAAGGAAGAGUCCCCUGUCAUUUCCGGAGAUUAUAGUGUUGUUGCUUCUGCUGCUGCUGAUGAUGACGAUGGUGGUGGUGAUCAGGAGGAUGAUGACAAGAAGGCGGAAAAAGUACAGUAG